GACGCGCUGCUCAGAGAAGCGGGGCUGCAUAACCCCAACAGUAGGAAGAGGAAGAAGCAGUGGGUGAAGAUUGGCCACGGAGGGACCCUGGACAGCGCCGCCAGCGGGGUACUCGUUGGUUAUUGAGAGACACGCUCACUAGCGCCCUCUGCCAUCACAGUUUAUGAUGGAUCCCACCGGUACCGGUCCACUUCAGUCCGUCAUCUGUUGACCCACGAUCCUCUCUGUGCUUCCAGUUGUUGGCGUCGGCGACGGAACCAAAAUGCUCAGCUCCAUGUUGACUGGUUCUAAGAAAUAUGUGGCUGUGGGGGAGCUGGGCAAAGCUACAGAUACUCUGGAUGCCACCGGCACCGUGGUUCUGGAGAAGACCUUUGAGCACGUCACCAGGAUGGACAUGGAGGAGAAGCUGAAAGCCUUCACUGGGGACAUCAUGCAGGUUCCUCCGCUCUACUCAGCCCUGAAGAAGGACGGCCAGCGUCUAUCUGUCCUCCUGAAGAAGGGUCACCAGGUGGAGGCCAAACCUGCGCGUUGCGUCACCGUCUUCAGCCUGAAGCUGCAGGACUUCCAGCCUCCGCACUUCACCCUUGAUAUCGAGUGUGGAGGUGGAUUUUAUGUCAGGAGCUUGGUGGACGACCUGGGCAAAGCUCUGUCAUCCUGUGCUCACGUGAAGGAGCUGAUCAGGACCAAGCAGGGCCAGUUCACCCUGCAGGAUCAUGUGCUGCACGAGGAUCGCUGGACGCUGGAGGACGUCUGUGGAGUUCUGCAGCCCUGCUCAGACGGGGGACCGCAGCUGACCGGGGACCGGGGCAGGACCUCCCCGGGUCCCCACGGACCGACAGCUGACCGGGGACCAAGCCAGGACCUCCCCGGGUCCCCACGGACCGACAGCUGACCGGGGACCAAGCCAGGACCUCCCCGGGUCCCCACGGGCCGACAGCUGACCGGGAACCGGGGAAGGACCUCCCCGG